GAUCAUUUCAACUGGAAUCAGCCACAUCAAACCGCAGGCGAAGAGCAACGGUGAGUGCGCACUCGAGCCAUCUUCGUGACCUUCACUCUGCAUCCCGCACUCCCGCGCGCACUCAACGGAUACUUGUACGCUUCGGGCAGAGGAUCGCACCAUGGGCGACAGUGUUGCGGCUCUAUGGGACAGCGAGCUGCUGCGUGCACGCCAAUGGCUCGCGGCUACUCGCAGGGCCAAGCACCGGGGGAACGAUCGGCUCUUCCAGCGCGUCAAGGCGCACAUUGGCUACAAAGACCAUCAGCUCUCGCUGCAGACCGAGACAACAGCCAGUGAGGACGAAGAUGACGGAGCACUGGACUUCCUGGGUGAUGUGGAUGUGUCAGACAUGAGCGCGUUGCUGCAGGCCGAGGCGGCCAAGGCGGCAGCCGCCGCGACCCCAGUUGAACCCGCAUUGAGUGCUGGAGACCUCAUGAAGCCGUUAGAGAUGCCGAACAACCUGGUGUCCCCUAAUUUAAAGCCUAAGACCAAGGCGGUGCCCAUGUCGCAGUUGGAUCCAAAGGCGCUGGGGACUUCAACGACGAGUACCAUGACUGCUAGCGCGACGUUAGGGGACGAUUCGUCGGUUAACGAGCUCCUGCAAGAGCUGAAUGUGCAAGUGCAUCAUUCGGAUUCUGAAGAGACCAAGACGGAAGAGAGCACGCCACCUCAUUUAUUGAAGAGUUUUGGAGAUGAUAAGACGGGAGGCAAUGGAAUGCAAGUGCAGACGGGCAGAGCUCAGUAUAUGCACCAGGUAUCGUCCAAGAGUCCUCAAGAUCCUCACAAAAAGAAAGCAGCAGCUCCAGUUACCGCUACGACGAAGCCGGAUGAUGUUACUGCUGAGAUGUUGAGUUGGGUGACAGGAUACCGAGACCCGGAGGUGAUCCGACGCAAGGAAAAUAUGCGACGGAAACGGAAGCAUACUCACCGCUACGGUAUGACUUCAGAGGAGGAACAACACCAGGUUUUGUUGCAGGUCAAGAGGAUCAUACGUGAAAGUGACAGCGACAGCGAAGACGACAUGAGCAGUGACUACUCGCCAGCAGAAGAUGAAGAGAUUCCUGAACCAGACGAGCCUGAUGUGGUGGAUCUACUCAGUGACGAUUAUUUGGAUAGUGACGAGGAUAAACGACCGGCAAAGCGAAAAAGGAAGCGACUGCGUCAGGCGGAGAUAUCGACGAAGAAGAAAAAGACUCAUUCACGAAAACCCGCCGUCACACGAAAAGUGACACAGGGUGCCACCAGCAGUACGACAUCGUCGCCGGUGAACGUGCAGGAAGCACGCCCAUUAAGUAGUUCUGCAGGAAAUGGAACUGGUCUCACGCCUGCUACGACCACAGAAGAAUCCGAUGACGGGAAGCCAAAUCAUCCGAUCGAGCUUUUGUCUAGUGGAGAUGAAACAGGAGACAGCGACAAGGGCAGCACUCCGCAGGUUCAUGUUGAUCAUUCGAAGAGCAACCAUAGUGCUGAUAGUAAUGCGAAAGAUUCGGAAGUUUCGAAGGAAUCGACGAUCUUGCGAUUGAAGAUUCCCCAAGAUCGGCUUCUGGAAGAACAUAAUCAGGAACAAGAGCCUAACCCAGCGGAAGCAACCAAUGCAUUUUCGACAGCUCCUGGUGCGGUGGAUAAAAUAUCGGCAGAUAGCGUUAUCCCUUCUGGCGUAGUUUCCCCCGAAACUGCAGCUGCCGAACGAACUCAGGAAAGUGGUACACAUGAUGACUCUACAAACAUUACGAAUACGGCGAUGCAUCCUUCAGGUGCCAGUGAUGACGAUGCUGAUCUUUCGGACACGGGGACUGUUGAUUUCGAGGGAGAGGAUUUGUCGGUUGAGACGGAGGAAAAUAUUGACCAAGAUAAUAGUAUUGCGGCUGAACUGGUGGUUGAUAGCGGUAUUGAUAAGGAACAACAGGGCCCAGAUGUAAAUGCAGGCGAGAAGCAAGGGAAGGCAGAGCAUGCUAGUGGCAAAGCACAGUCUAGUGCAGAACUGGAAGAUGACGAUGUGUCGGAAGCUGAAACGGAGAUACUGGAUGACGACGAACCAGACACAGACGACCUCGGACUCGAUUACAGUGAUGACAGUGACUCCGGUGAUAAAUCUCCGAGCAAUGCGAAGAACACAGCGCGUGGCGAGGUCGACACCGCUACAAGUAGCAAGAUGGACGACGGCACAACAUCCAAGGAGAAAUCGACAUCUGAAAGGAGCGGCGAUUGUAGUCCAAAUGGGAAAACAACUAGUGGGGACAAAAUUGAUGCUUCGAGAGCUGGAGUGCAGCAAUUCUUCGACUUCACGCCGCUCAAAUUGAAACCCAAGACCAAGACCACAACUUCUACUGCCCCGAAGCCGUUGCCGGUGCACACCUACGAUGAAACUCACAGGAAGAAGAGAGAAAGUGCUUCUGGGAAAGCUGCAGACGACCAAAAGAAAUCCUCCGUCACGCCUACAAAGUCUACGGUUGGCUCAAACGGACUUCGACCAAAAACGCUGAAAAAGCCUGUCGCUACAACAACUACAAUGAAAGGAAAGUAUGCAGUGACAAGGCGGAGUACUAAAAUGUUGAAUCCAGAGGAUACACCUGGAGCUAAGCGACCGUCGAAAAGCCAAUACACAAUGGUCCCGACCAAAGCGUUCAAUAACAACGUCGCAAAGGACCUUGAUGAUGUACCAUUGGCUAUUCUGGCGAAGGAAAUGGCUAAGAAACCAGACGACAAACCCCAAGCCAGGUAUCUUUCGUAUGCAGGGGCGAAGAAGACAGAGGAUGCUCCCACUUAUGCAGCGCAGACGCCUCGGAUUGUUUCAAAGUCUCGCUACGGUGGUGGAGGGCUUAACUCGAGCUUGUUGACAACACAGGAUUCUUCUGUGGCAUCAAAUGGGCAGUAUUCGCAAGUGAAAGACAAAGGUGGAUACAGGCGAGAGCCUCAAAUAAGUAUUUAUGACGCGCUGCACAUGGAUGAACAAGAGAGUGCAAGCGAUAUUCGCGAAGGGGCCGGCUACAAACGUCCCAGUCGCUUUAAGAAAAUGCAGGAGGAAGCAGCACGAAAUGGCACCCCUAUGGUUAAGAGCCGGCUGCAGGAUACAGAUUGGGACAAAGUUCCAAUUCCGAAGAAGAAAAAACAAGCAUCGCAGGUGGAAAAGUCUACGCUGGAUGCAAAGACGUCAAAGACGGUAUCAGUUGGUAAUGUUGCAAAGCAGGGAGGGAACGCGCAAAACAAACGUCGCAAGAAGAACUCGGCCUCGUCAAAGAAAAACACAGGGCCCAGCUACUAUGGGCCUCAAGCCGCGCAGUCAGCGAAAUCGGACAAGUAUGAUUCACCUUCGCGUGGACGACGUGGACGGGAGCAUAGUAGUUACAGGCGCGAUGAUGAUCGUCGGAGAGAGCGAUCACCGUCACCGCAUUCUAGAGAUCGCGACCGGCAUGACAGGCGUGAUGAUCGCAGGCGUCGAGGGUCAUCUCGAUCGAGGUCUCGCUCUCUGAGCCCACGAGGUAUGGACUACGGCAGCAGUCGGCAUCGCCGCCGUUCGCGUUCGAGGUCGUGGUCGCGUGAGAGAUCUAGUGAGCGUGAUCAUCGCCGUACGGAUAGCCGCGACUGGAACCGACAAACUAAUGGUAGUCGGCGUUCGCGUUCUCCAGAUUUCCGUGACUCCAGCAAGAAAAAAGAGUCAACCGAGCCGCUUGAGGUGGGUGAAGUCUGCCAAAACGGUAAAAUUGAAGACUCUGAUCGACCCGCGAAGAAGCAGAAGACGUCACAUUCCUCGGAAACAUCUCCUUUACCUGGUGCAUUGGCCCCGUUUGAUGACGAUGGCGACAAUAUGUUCAUCUCGGACUCGGACGAUGAUGGAAAUGCUUUGAUAAAAGAAGUCGAAGACAUCCGCUUCAAUCUGGACAGCGUUUCCGUGGAUGAAGGUCUGAUGGCCAGGCAGGUGUACGUGACAGGAGUGAACGCGACUGUGUUUGCUGAGCAGAUUGAGGAGGACUUUGCGCGUUUUGGUGUUGCGGUUGACAGAGAGACUGGGUUUCCGGCUAUUGACAUCUUCUCGUGUCAGCGUACCCGUUUCGGUCGAGGCGAUGCUUGCGUGACAUUUGAGACGGAGAGGGGAGCGCUCGAAGCCGUAGAGGAACUUAAUUCGAAAAACGUUAAAAACUCGAUGAUUCGCGUGCAGCGAAUGGAUGCCCAUACGCAGCGCAUUCUCACGGUGCAGUUUCAAACAGCACGAGAUACAUGGAAGUGUACUGGGACUAAAUGCCGUGCGGAUGUGAGUAUUUGGAAUGCCAAGUGUGACAAGUGCGGACGACCGCGUGUGUAUGGACCGAGCAACAUCAAAAUUGGAGCUGAAUCCUGGCUGUGUUCGCUUUGCUUCACAGCAAACGACUCAUUCGCUACGAGUUGCCUCGGAUGCAAGGAAUCAUUACCAGAGGUAGACCGCGCGACGUUCUACAUGUUGUGAUUCCCGCAUCGGGCGCGCACUGCACACGCGAUUGACACGAACGAUCCAAGGAACCUACGCCGAAGAAAACGGAAGGAAAGAGGAGAGGAGUUAGAUGUCCGUCGUUGCAUGUUGCGUCUCGUGCGUGUUGUGUGCGUGUUGGUGUGUGCGUUGAGUGUUCUUUUGACGUGAAAAGUUGGGGGGUCGUGCUGCGCGUGGCCUAAGGGGUGAAGGAGACGAAAAAUAAACGGUGAUGGCGCAGAGGAGAAAUGUCUAGCGGGGUCAUGAAGAGUGACGUGUUGCCAAACGAAAAAUAAGCCAAGCAGGACCAUACCAAAAACCAAAUCCGUCCAAACACAGCCAGUAUUGAAUGACAACGUCAGCGGUUCUGCAAUCAGCCUAGUACAACCAAAACAUGCAGUUCCAUCAGCUCGAAUCAUCAAUCGAGCAAUCGACCGAUCCAAACCCACGACUAGUAUGACAAAACCAUGCUGAUUGUAUGCCAUGCAGUGUGGUGUGCGUUAGCACCGUGGACCAACGUGUAGACCAAAGGUUGUUGUCACAAACAAACGUGGUGUAAGCAAAAGAGUUGUAGUUCACAUUUAGUCACUCUCUAGAGGGAGUACAAUGACUAUUGAAGUGAGCCCAUACAAACGGCAAGCUAACACUAUUUAUGUCGCCGCCAAAAAGGGGGACAGUAUCCAAAAAGCUCAAGAAGCAAACUAAGCAAGCAGCAAACCCGGAGGAAGGACACCCGGAAGCAGAGCAGCCCGACGCCAGCCAAGUCCCUGUCGCGUCGUCUUCUCUCUCUUUCCCUCGUCCUCUCCUCUCUCCUCUCCCUCACUUUCCCCCUGCCAUGUCCACCGCUCCUGAAGUGACUGCCAUGGAGGAAGUUCUGGUGCAGCCAGCCCCGGUCCAUGCAACCUCUAGCAGUGGUAGCGGUGGCUCAGGUGGCGGUGAGAAACCGCUACCGCCCCGCAAGGAGCGCAGCAAGUCGCGCGACGCCGGCAAGCGCAUGGGCGGCGGCCAGAAGGCGUCCUGGAAGGUGACGGAGAUCCCGCAGGCUGUGCCUGCGGAUGAGCGCGACCCCAACUACGAUAGCGAGGCGGAGGAGAACGUGGUGCUCGUGUCCACCGUGGCCGGUUCGCCAACGAAGUCGACGCCAACGCUCGAGCCGGACGAACUGGCGGCCAAGGAGCUGGCGCUCAACCCGCCGCCGGAGAUCAAGAAACGCAUCAUCGUGAUUCUCGAGGAGUAUUUCACUAGCGGAGACGCCGACGAAGUGCUGAGCUCACUCAACGACCUGGACGAGCCCGAGUUCAACUACGAAGUGGUCAAGCGUGCGAUCACCAUGGCCAUGGACAAGAACGACAAGGAACGCGAGUUGGCAUCGCGUCUGCUCUCAGCGUUGUAUCUGGACGGCCUCACGGCUGGACAGGUGCUUAUGGGCUUCCGUCGCGUGCUGCUGCUGGCUGGAGACUUGCAGAUUGACAUCCCCACGGCCAAGAACAUGCUGGCCAUCUUCUGCGCGCGUGCGGUAGUGGACGAGAUCCUGCCGCCCAGCUUUCUGGAGGACCCGUUCAUCACGCGAUACGCCCCCGAGAUCGCGGCUGAGGCGAUUAAGAAGCUGAGCAUCAACCACGCUACGGCACGAAUGGAGAAGGCUUGGGGACCUGGCGAUGGCCGUCCCGUUGAGGAGCUCAAGGUGGCCAUUGACCAGCUUACCAAGGAGUAUUUGCUGUCGCGUGACCUCGAGGAGGCUGCGCGUUGUGUUCGCGAGUUGAAUGUGCCGCAUUUCCACCACGAAGUGGUCAAGCGCGGCAUCACGAACUCGCUUGAAGAGGGUGGAGAGGCCAACAGUGCAGCCAUGGCGUCGCUACUGGCCUAUCUGGUCUCGAACGAGGUGGUGUCCACGGGUCAGCUGAUUAAGGGCUUUGAGCGCUUCAAAUUCGUACUGGACGAUGUCGCUCUCGACAUUCCUAACGCUGCUGCAUUGUUCAAGGACAUUGUGGCGCGCGGUAUCAGUGACGGCAUCCUCCCUAAAGACUUCGACGCUAGCGCGGCCAAGAAGCAGUAAGGCGGAGGCCAACAUGCAACCAGUAGUCGAGGACUCGGCAGAGUAAUCUACUCGCGCAUAAUUCACAACUUUUUUUUUCAUUGCAAAGUAAAUUACGAUAGAAAUAGUUUAGAAACGAGCAUGGAGAUGCUCGUUUGGUUGCAUGUUUGCCUCCGCCUUACUGCUUCUUGGCCGCGCUAGCGUCGAAGUCUUUAGGGAGGAUGUCGUCACAGAUACCGCGCGAAAUGUCGGAC